CAAGAUCCACCAAAUCUCAAAAAUUUCAAAUAGCCCAUCGUCAUGUGGCUUCGGAAACCCUCCUCUGAUCGCGGCAAGGACCCCGACGGCAAUUUGCAAUGGUGCCCUAGCCUGACUCGCAGCAGAUCUCGUUCUGAGAAGAUUUGCAUCGAGGGUAUACUGCAAUUUGGGAGGUUCUGCCAAGCUCGCUUACGGCAUAGAACAGGAACGAAAUUAAUUCCCGGCGGUAUGAUCCUUGGCACCAUUGGUUCAUUGCCCCGUAUCACGGCUGUCUGAAGUGAAAGAGAAACAAGGGUCUUCACGGUAGAGAUCUCGGAUUGUCGUAUCCGUAGUUGGCGCAUGUGUUUCUACCUUGACCGAGAUCGACAAUCGAUCUCUUUCGCGCCCCAUUCUUCCUUACAAGGCCUCCUGUCUGCUACAUAGGACAACGAUGAAGGGCAGCCUACGUCGUCCGAAGCUUCGAAUUUGGCUUAGUGCCUUGAUCUUGGUGAUAACACUCACUUUGAUCCUGGCUUAUAGCUCCGUUGCCGGUCUAGUGAAUCGAGGAGAGGCGGCGAUCAGCCUUGUCGCUACUUUUAUUCUCUUUCCUUUGUCGGGAGCCGUGACAUUGAACGUCGAUGCUCAAUUGGAAGAACAGCGAAGGAGGUUGAGCGAUAAAGUCUCUGGUGUGGCUACGAACAAGUCGUCGCCGAUCCCAGCAGAGAUUCAUCAAGUUAGGCUUGGUGGUCUCGAAAUGCGGCCGACAUGGACUGAGGCAAGACAGAGCUGCUUGGAUCUGCAUCCACACUGGAUUUUCAGGCUAUGGGAGGACAAGGAGGCCGAUGCAUUUGUCGCAAAGUAUUACCCUGACCUCUUUGAGACUUAUCGCGGUUACCCCUUAGAAAUCCAACGGUCGAACGUCCUUCGAUACCUCCUCCUUGAAACCUUUGGGGGCGUUUACCUCGACCUUGACCUCAAGUGCCUGGAGCCGCUUGACUUCAUUCGUUCCGAGUAUUUUGUCACGCCACCUGCAAACCCGACGGGCGUUAAUAACGCCUUCAUAGCUUCUUCAAAAAAUCAUCCCUUUUGGGCGCACCUCGUCGGGUCACUAAAACGCUACAAUAUGUCCUGGUUCGGCUCGCCAUACAUCACCAACAUGUUCAGUACCGGUUGCCACUUCUUUUCGACGAUGCACCGUACAUUCCGACAGCACAUGUGGGGCCAAAGAGACGACGGUGUCAUGGCUUCCAUGGUUGUUCUCGAGGCGAAACACAAGCUCAAUGGGCAUGUAGUCACACCCCUCUUCGAGCAUCUCGGCGCUUCUUCGUGGCACAAGAGUGACGCUUCUAUGGUCCUGCGCAUCGGUCGAGGCGUCGAAUGGCUCAAGAGCCACGUCGCGUCUGUCUCGGUCUUUGCCCUGAUAUUCGCGGCCCUCGGCAUGGUCGGUUCCUUUGCUUGGGCCUUAAAGACAAAGAGAAAGAGAGCAUUCGAUCGAAGCCGCUCCGCAACGUCGAAAGAUCAAGAGCAGGGUCUUAUGGAAGAGCGUCGACAUUUGUAAAUACGUCUCGCAUACCCAGC